AUGGAUGCAGCAUCAGUGAGAGUUGGGUUGCGAGUUCGACCUUUGACUGAGAAAGAAGUAUCAAAUAAGUGCACGGAAUGUCUUACAGUGAUUCCGAACGAGCCACAAGUACUACUAGGCACAGACAAAUCUUUCACUUACGAUUAUGUCUUUGAUACAAAAGCAAAUCAACCACAAGUAUACUCAACGGCAGCGGCUCCUUUAUUGCACAAGUUCCUGGACGGCUAUAAUGCCACCAUUUUUGCUUAUGGUCAAACUGGCUCCGGUAAGACAUUCAGUAUGGGCACAGGGCUAGACAACAGCAUCAGUGCUGAAAAUGAAGGCAUUGUCCCUCGUUGUAUUAUCGAAUUAUUUCAAACAUUGAAAUCUCGUGAAGCAAAGGAAGACGAAUACAAAUACGAAGUAUAUGUAUCUUUCCUUGAACUUUACAAUGAAGAAUUUGUGGACUUGUUAAACAGCCCAAUGCAGUGGAAACGCAGAUCACUAACGAAUCACGCACCAGCCGCAACAAGUGAUGUAUGUAUCAGAGAAGACAUUGCAGGAAAUAUCUAUUGGAGUGGUGUUAAGGAAGAAGCAUGUCAAAACGCCGAAGAAGUGCUAAGCCUUCUUGCCCAAGGUUCGCUAAGCCGUACGACAGGUUCUACGGAUAUGAACUCUGUUUCCUCCAGAUCUCAUGCCAUUUUUUCCGUCAUAUUAAAACAGCAAACACCUGACCGAGAUGAAGCAGGGAAUAAAACAAUCAAAUCUUUGUCGAGUAAAUUUCAUUUUGUUGAUCUUGCUGGGUCAGAAAGGCUGAGUCGAACUAAUGCUCAAGGCGAAAGAGCCAAAGAAGGAAUAGCAAUUAACUCAGGGCUUUUAGCCCUCGGAAACGUUAUUUCAGCAUUGGGCGAUGAGACUAGGAGGGCAACACACAUCCCUUACCGUGAUAGUAAGCUAACAAGGCUGCUGCAAGACUCACUGGGCGGCAACAGCCAAACUCUAAUGUUGGCAUGUGUUUCUCCAGCGCACACCAACUUCAUGGAAACACUAAGCACUUUAAAAUAUGCAAAUCGAGCAAAAAAUAUUAAGAAUCGAGUGACAAUUAAUCAAGACUUUGCUGGUUCAUCGCUGGAAGUAAACCAGUUAAAAGCACUUGUUUCUCGACUACGGAUGGAAAUUGCAUCUUUACAAACUGUUGAUCGACGGCAUGCAGGCACUGCUAGUUUACUGUUCGAUAAAGAGGACGGUCAAGCCCUGCGUGAAGAAGUAAAACAAUUACGAGAACGGCUAAAAGACAUGUCUGACCAAAUUGUUAGGGUCACCAGCGAACGAGACACUCUAUUAAUAGAGCGUGAGCUUGGUGAAUUCAUGCAAGACGAUAUUUCAGACGAUGACAAGCUUUUUCAAAGCAUUGGUGCUACAAAGAAAAUCGAAAUUAGUCCUGUUAUUGAGAAUUAUCUCAGCAAAAUACAAAAGCUUACUAAUGAGUUAAAUGAUUCAAAUAAUAAGUUAAAAACCAUGGAAACUGAAUAUCAAACAUUACAGAAAACAUUGAAAAGACAACAAGAACAGCAACAGCAAGCAUUAAUCGCGAAUACCGUACUGCAGAAGUUCUCUAAUAUAGGUCAACAGCCACAACCCAAACACAAUAACAGCGGACGUCGACGGAUAGCCAUUGUGCGGAAUUCAAGCGUAGGCAAUUCCUCAAGCAAUAAUUAUCAUGCAGUCAGAAUUACAACAAAGAAAAACAUAAAAAGACAGGUGAUAAUCAAUAAAAGCUCAAGUACAAGUUCACGUACGUCUAGCAGGAAGCACAAAAAGAAGAUAGCUGCACACAAGCAUCCAAAAUCAAAUCAGCAAAAAGUUGCAGCAGCUGAAGUACAAGACUAUUACGAGGACGAGGGUUUCGUCAAUGAUCUUCAAGAUGGAGGGGUACAUCACGAGGAGGUCAAGGAGAGCAUAGCAAAGGUUCGUGCAGAUAUACGGAGAAGCCUGGAGGUUCUUGAAUUAGUGAAGCCAUUAGACGAUACCGCUGCUUCUUGGGAGCAAGAAUUAAAGAGUUUCGAAGCAGAGGAAGCAACAUGCAAACAAAUGCAAAGAAUACCAUCAGAUGAAGGCAGGUUCUCUUUGUCGCCUUCUCCUGUGGAGGAAGUUCAAAAAGACAAAAUUGAAACUUUAAAUACUCCUUCAUGGACUGGUGAUGAAGAUGAUGUAUCUAACGGCCAUGGCGUACUCGAUUUAGCUGCAAUUGCUUAUAAUAAAGAAAACACUUCAAUGGCUGCAGAUGAACGAUGCAAAUAUAGCAAUCAGUUGUCUCGUAUGCUCCAUCAAAUUCAGUCAGAUAUCAAGGUCAAAGAGGAGCUUGUUUCUCAUUUGGAAAAAUCAGAAACAGAAUAUUCCUUCAUGCGCAAAAAGUUUGACGAAAAGAUUAUUCAACUCCAAGCUCAGUUAGCAGAAACGCAAAAGGAGAAGGAGGUUGCCAUGACCAGAGCAAGGUCUGGUUCAUUCACAAGACCUGAUGGCACAAGCAACUUACAGCAAUUAAGGGCAUCUGAUAAGCAACAAGCUGAUUUACGUCAAUCAUACGAAAUCAAAAUAAAAAACCUACAAACAGAAAUGUAUGAACUUCGUCGUAAAUACAACAAUGUAACGUCAGCUAUGCAAUCUACCCGUAAUCAAAAUGAGUCUCUCCUACGAACACUGAAAGGAAAUAUUGAAACACUCAAGGUAGAGAAGAAGAGGCUAGCUCAUCGAAUGAAAACAGAAGCUGAACGCGUUCGCGAACAACUAUCUCAACAAGAACGCAAAAUCCAACAGUUGCAGCGGCAGCAUGCCAAAUCGAAUCAAGCUCGACGUCGACUUGAACGAGAACAUGAGCAACAAAAACUAGUACUUAAGAAGCGUAAUGAAGAGGUCAUUCUUGGUGCUAAUCAAUUAAAGCAAUUGAUAUCUAUUAUGAAAAAAGCAGUGCGUGAAGGUGGUUUACUGGAUGAUCGAUUGCUGAAUAAGAUUGCCCCUAUUAUGGGCGGAACAUUUGCUGUAAUCGCACGUGGUGGAGGGCAUGGAUUUCCCAAACGAACUAUCAGAAAGAAGAAUCGCAUCCCACUCAAUAUCCGUGUCUUACGUAAAAAGGAAUUGCUUGAUAAGGCACUAUACCAGUAUAUACAAGGUAAACAAGCAAUCGUUGAAAUGGAGCAAUUGCUGAUUAGACGCGAACAACUCGUUGACGAAAGAAAUGAGCUUGAGGACGAGAGAAAUCAAGUUUACAACGUAGAGAAAGAACAUGAAGAAACUACAGGACAACCCAUGGAUAUGAUAGCUGUGGAAUUGAUGGAUGACAAAAUUGAACUCCUCUCUGCAGAAAUAUCCUAUCUUUCUGCUCGCAUACAAACACUUCAAACCGAAGCGGCUGUUGAUUCACAUGAGCAUAAAUCAAAGAAUCAACAGAAACUAACAAAGCAUGUUACAUUUGUAGACGAUAUAAUCAAUAACGAUGAAACCCAAAAUGAUGAAUGGACAGAUAUUGAUGCUUACGAAGAUCAAUUCAGUGUUCCACUCAACGCUGCUCCUGAAGUUGCUUACGAUACUGCUUCAAAAUUAAUCAAAUCUUUGGAAAAUGAUGAAUGUAAACGUAUAAUGGAAACGUUAAUUGACGAUAUUAUGGAACUUAGAAUGAAUGAACAUGGCCGGCAAGCAGUAGUACAAAACUUAGAGAAGACUUUGACGGAUUUACGUCGUGCUCUGAUCACAAUGAAAAAGACAGCUUAUUCGAGUACUACAGACAGCCUUUUGUCCGUCAAUGAAGAUAGCGCGAUCGCGAUGAUGAUACAAGAUAGCAAUGACAUCAUAUCAAUAGCCAGCAGCAGUAGAAAGAAUAGCAUGGCUUUCGAUAACUUAAACGCAGAUUGUAUUACUAACGAUAACAACAUGAUACAACAUAUCAGUUUACCGAACUCUCCAGUUAUUUCACCGCCGUCAGAUAAAACCACUUUUUUACCUUGCUCAAGUGGUAACUUUGCGACGACAACAAAAGCACCGAUACCUGCUUAUUUAAACGAGCAUCUAAACAAACAUAUGACUUUGUCGCGAGAAUCAACCCCUUCACCAGAUCGAUUUUUCAACAUGGUGCAGAAAAAAAUAUCAUGGCAGCAACAAUAUGAUGAAAGGCUUGAUAUAGGAGAAGAAUUACUGAAACCAAAGACUAUCGAAACAACUGAAUUCCGGCAUUAUGCUAGCGAUCAUGAAUCUUCUACGUCCUCUAUCCGUAGUAACCAUUUCCGAAGAUCAUCGAUACAAUCAGAUAUGUCUUCUUUAUCUUCAUGGACACAUAGAACAAUUGAUCGUAAUACGAUGAAUUCUUCUGUACAACAUACUGAAAAGCCUAUAUCUCAUUCAAUUGCCGCACAUAUUCCAGCUUUGAAUAUGUAUACUAAUUUUACUCCUUUCAAACAAUCACUGUUGCAUAGCCAUUCAUCUGCAAACCACCUUUAUCAAGCCCAUCCAAUGUCACGUCGUCCUUUGCCCGCUGUAGUGACGAGUAACUCUACUAUCGACAGAUCAAUUACUCCAACUGUCUUUGAUCGAUUAUCUCAGACACCUACUAGAUCAUCUAGAGCAAAAAUGAACUUUCGCUAUAGCAGCAGUAGUGUAGAUGAUCUACGAAAAAGAUGGGAGCUAGAACAGCAGUCUGCAAACAUUCCCAGAGCUCGCGUAUCACCCACUUAA